AUGGAAGCUGAAGCUGGCAAAGGUGGGCCGCCGUCGCCUAGAAAGUAUUUUGCCAUGACGAGGAAACCAUUCCUCAAGGCCGCUAUCGCAAGCGGACUUCUUCUCAAUAUUCUCUUUUUGGCCAACAUGUCUUACAUCUUCGGAUCCCUCUUCAAGAGUCCAUCAAAAACCCAUGCACUCAACGUUCUUCUGGUCGACUAUGAUGGUGGCGUUAUCAGCCAAAGCGUGCGAGCCGCGUACUCGAGCCUCAAGUCCAACACAUUCGUUACCAUUCACGAACAACCUGCAAGCGACUUCGAUGACACAGCAGCGAUCGACGACGCUGUGUGCAGUGGAGACUACUGGGCGGCUCUUUAUGUGGCGCCCAAUGCUUCCUCCAGGCUAGCACAGGCGUUGGAGGGUGGAUCGGCAGCUGGAAAUUACAAUGCUUCCUCAGCCUUGGGCUUAGUAUGGAAUGAAGUACAUUAUCCUGUCGUCAGUCAAGGCUACGUCUACUCCGCCAUGCAGACACUCCUCGGGGCCACGAGCUCUGUCUACUACGGCAUCAAUGGCACGCAAGCACUAUCUACUAUGAAUCAAUCCGACCCUGCUGCCCGAGCCGCUCUAUUCCGACCUAUCUCUUCUACAACCAAAAAUCUAACCCCGUUCUUUUUCGUACUUGCAUUGAAUGGCAUCACAACCAGCUUCGACUACUACGCCAAGAUUCCUACCAAGACUCUCAUUCCCUUGCGCUUGGGAAUUUCAGUCGUAUACACCUUCAUCGCGUCGUUGACAAGCACUGGCUACAUCUGGGCUUUCCGGGGGGACUUCCACGUCACCGGGAGCCAGUUUGUCGAGACCUGGAUGGCAAUAUGGCUGACGAGCCAUAUGAACUUCCUCUUCCUCGACGUUACUACCGCACUUGUGCCCAUGGCCUUCAUGUCACACGUCGUCCUCACUUGGAUUAUCUUGAAUGUCACCAGCACGAUCUUCCCCUUCGAGCUAAACGCAGGCUUCUAUCGGAUAGGAUAUGCGUGGCCAUUCCACAACCUAUACGAGAUCCUCGUAACGAUAUGGACCAAUGGUUGCGUGAACAGAUUGUACCGCAACCUGCCAAUCAUUUUUGCUUGGUGGGUCCUCUUGUUUGGGGUGAGCCUCUGGGCUCGGCUGCGUCUGUGCCGCAAUUCAAAGAAGCAGGCGACACUCGAGGGCCAAAAGACUCCUCAAAAGGGUGAUGGUCCCGAGAAGCUUGGGAGUGCGGAUUCUUCGGACUAA